UCGUCGACCAAUCGCGUGCGAGGGAGGCAAUUGACGUGCGUCCUUCAGCUCCGGGCGGCAGCAACAGCAGCAGCAGCGGCGGCGGCAUCGUCGUCGUCGUCGUCCGAGGCAGGGAAGGAGACGGAGCCAUGAAUUCGUUGCGAGAUUCCAUCUGGCUCAAGAUCGCCGCAGGGGUUGGCGGCGUCACGCUCGUGGGGCUGCUGGCUUACCGCGCGUGGCGCGCACCCCCGGGGCGGUGCUGCGCCAAGACGUGCUGCCGCAUCAACCCCUCCAUCGACAAGGAGAACCCCAAGGUGGUGCACGCCAUGGACACGUCCGACCUGGGCAACGAGUCUGCGUUCUGCCGGUGCUGGCGCUCCAAGAAGUUCCCUUACUGCGACGGGACACACAACAAACACAAUGAGACGUCGGGAGACAACGUUGGGCCGCUCGUCAUCACGGUCAAGAAGAGCUCAUAAGCCCCUCCCUUUGUGCACACGGCCCUCCAUCACAAGCCCCUCCCCUCCAUCGUUCCUUUCAACCCCAGACCCCUGUAUUACUUGAGCCAAACACACAAGUGUGAAACCAAAUACACGCUCUCUCCUACUUGCACCAGUGGUUCUGCGAGAAACAUUGAGGUCCUCAAAGCGCAAGCAUUGGUAUAGUCCUAAAUGCAUGCCACUGCUUCCACAUUUAUCACUGCACACAGCACUUCCCACCGUACUUGGGCCUGUGGAAUGCGAAAGCGACGCGAAUAGCUUCGCUGUCUUGAGGCAGGUUGAGAAGCGCUGGUCUCAGCCUUCCCUUUUUAACCAGGUCCCUUUGAUGCUGCCUGUCGGAGUUCCUGCUCCACAGGCUCUUCCUUCCCAAUGGAUUUUCUGUCGAAGUCUAAGCCUCUCUUCUGUUAUGUGCCUUAGUUGCCUUGAAUUGUGUUAGGUUUAGGCCUGAAGGUGAAAUGGGUCAGUGGCUUACAGACGUGAGCAUUUCCACGACCCAUGGCACAUUGGUUCUCGGCUUUCUGUUGGCCCGUAUUUCCAAUGAUAAAAAUUUUCAAUUAAAUAUGAUGGUAAGUGUUAAUCCGCUUCUUGUUUUUGUGUUAAGUUAUUUAUUCAGGAAGCCACACUUAGUCAUUGGACUCUUUUUCAGGAGGGUCCUCCCUUCUGAAGCUAGAGCACAGAUUAAGGAGUGAAAUUACAUUUGAAACAAAGGCCUUAGUCUGAUUGGCUCAUUAAAUGUGCAUGUGUGUAUCGUGGCAUUUUCAAUCAAUUAUAAAACUGAAAGAGAACGUGUAUUAAACCGUAUUGGCUUGGUGGGUAGCACACAUUAUAAAAAAAUAUAUUUAAAGCAGGGGUAAUAUUGUAAUACCAGUGGCUGGAAUUGGUUUUGCAGUAUCAUCAGAGUAAAUGUUUGGCGUUGCACCCAUAUAACUUGACUAAGCAUGAGGUUUCAAUCGUUCGAAUGGGUGGGCUCCGUGGCCCUUUCGAUUAUUCUAAACUAAACUUUUUUUUUAUUUUACCAGGUAAGGCCCACUUUACUAUAUAGCUCUUUUUCAGAAGCGACUUUGCCACAAAUUAUAGCCCAACGAAGCGGCUUAUCAAGUGGAAAUUCAUCGCAGCCAAAUACUCUAAACGCGUGUUGAUUCUAAUUGUGGAGGGAAAAAACGGAGGACCCGGAGAAAAAUCCAUGCUUGCACGGGGAGAAAAUGCAAACUCCAAAUAUGCAGCAGGCGUCAGGGUCGGAAUCAACCCCACGACCUCCUGUAUACCAGGCGAGGUAGUUAACACAUCGCCACCGUGGCGGUCGGUCAAGUCAAGACUAACAAGAGCUUAAAGCUGCUCCAGAGCAAGGCCCAAAGGAGUGAAAGUAAAACAGCUGCGAUAGUUUCUGUUGCGGUUCGUAGAGUAGCACGUUUAAGGCACCGAGCGACGGGAUUUAGACAUAUAACGUGCCGUAUUGAUUGGCACAGUACGCCCGUGGCAAUCAUCUUCAAAAAAUGAUGGCUGGUGCAUCAUUUCCUAAAACACUGCUUCCAGUCAAUGUGAACCGAAGCUUUAAAGCAGAAACUGAGCAAGGAAUCUCGUAUUGACAAGGCUGAUUUCUCAUCCACCAAAGGUUUAUCCGAUGCCAGGACAGGCACACACACGUGAUGGUCCGGUGUUCUGCAUGAUGAAAGACAAUGUUAUUUUUAUCAGUUUAUUUUAUGAUUACCAUUAGCAUCGUUAGCGUCACUUUAAAUGAUUUGCAUUCUGAGCUUGAGCCACUUUAAACAAAAAUGAUAAUCUUAUCAGGUGUGAAAUGCACUGUAGGAGAUAACAUGUGUGUGCACAUGAUGCACACAAGUCGCCUGAGCAAAAACAAAAAUAGAAAAAAAAAAGAUCAUGUUCAAUCUCCAAUCUUUAAGAUUGGUCCAAAUGUUGUACCAUGUAAGUUAUGAUUGUAACAUGUACUGUGUUUGCGGCUGCAGUACAUGUCUUGUUCUGUGGUUUAGUUUGUAUUGCAUUUAAUAAAUGCAGUUUACUCGUGAA